AUGAAAAAGGCUAAAAGUACGAAACGAAAACUAAGCAACAAUCUAGAAAAGGCCAGAAAGGUAUAAAAUACUAUAUUAAAUCAUACCUAAAAUAAAUAGUCUGUGUUUAAAUUUUGACCAAACAAUGGACUGUAAACUACCUUCUGUAUGUAAUCCCACAUCAGUUGCUUCCAUGAGUUCCAUCUCUCGAGUAAAAUGCUUUCCAAUCAUAGAUAUAUCUAUUCAUAAUCGAACAGCUAUAAACAACUCUUGAAAUGUUUUAUUCUUUUGUGAAAUGUUUCGAAAAAUGUUGAAUUUUUGUUUAAAUGAGCCCGCAAGAUCUGCAGCUGGCCGCAUCACGGAUGGCGCGCGUAAAACAUUAGGCGUUUCCAGUCCCUGUCUUCUGGAUUGUCUAUGGUUCGACAGGAAAGAGGGCGUGGGGGUUCGGUGGCGCAGUCGUCAGAGCAAGCGCCUCACCUCUGAGCCCAGUGGGUUUGAUUCUCGAUACGGACUCAUGUGAAAAGAGUCAGUCAACACUCUGCCGAAAGUCGUGGGUUUUCUCCGGGUGCUCCGGUUUCUUCCCACAGGGAAAGUUGACAGGGUGGGUUAGGAUAAACACAGUCAAGAAAGUAAUAUCACAAUUUUUGUAAAAAUUGAAUAAUCAAGUAUGUAAUUAGGUAAGCGUAUAAUACUUGAUGUAAAGCGUAUUUGAUCAUACCCACAUGUAGAUUUGCGCUAUAGAAAUGCUAAUCGUAAUCGUAAUAAAGCAAAAUGCCCUUCCGGAAAGUACUUAGCUAUUGAACCUCGUUUCCGUGUUUGAGACAAUAGGGAGUUUAAGAUUCACGUUUGCGGAAACGGCAAGGCCGACUUUUCUUGGCAUAAUUUCUGUUCGAUUUCUGCGUGUCAUAUUUUCUUUCAUAUGACACAGGAAUAGUUAAACAUUCUAGUUAUAAAACAACGCUUCCAUUUACUUUUUAUUGCUUUAUAGCGUGAAAUUUUUCUUUGCCUGACGUUUGUCGUUUGUCGUUGAACGCGAAGCUUAUAAGCUCUCUGUUGGCUUAAGAGCCCUUUAUCUUGUUACUGAUUACAAAAUUAUUAACCGGUCUAUAUUCACUGAUGUAUAGGCUACUGUAUCGUUUCGCACAUGUGUCACCUGGGCUAAGGGCUAAUAUCUCGAAAACGAGGCUCGUAAAUCAAGGACGACUAACUCACUGACAGCUUUUUGGUCCUCGGUCAGGAAUGAAAUCCGAAACCAUGUACGAGUGCAUGUAUAAGUAUAUAAAGUUAGUAUGUAAAAUAGAAUUUCUUUACUGGAAAUGGUAUGUAAAAUAGAAAAAUAAAAAUAGCUGUAAUUUCAACUAAUUUAAACAAAUUACCGAGGGAAAAAUUCAUUACCACAACCGUCGAGGAAAAAAUUGAUCCACGCUCACUCAAUUUUCUUUUUUGAAAGACAUUGAUGAUAUGAACGGCCCCUCAAAAGCCAGGUGAAUUUUCAGCAAAAGAAAAUAGUCUAAAUCGGUCCUCCUUCCAAUAAUUCCGGGUCACCAAAAUUCUUUAGGCCGCGUCCGAUCGCCCAUCCGCCCCUGGCCUGGAAAUCAACUUUUGUGAAUACUGACGACAAGUACUUACCGUAACAUGAAUGGGAAGAACAUAAUACUAAGGGAUAUGUAUGAAACAUUCUUUGCUUUAUAGGAGGGCCCCACUGACGCAUUCUUCCUUAAAGGAACCGUAACUGUCUCUCGGCGCCUUUUAUUCCCGAAUAUUUUCUUCUUGGACAUUCUAGUUGUGUUUGGACGUGAGAAGUUUAAAAUUAAUAUGAACUCUUCUUCAAUUGCAGGUUUCUGAGAACUUGAUUGGCAUGUAUUUGGAUGAUUAUGAAGAAACACCUUGGGAAGCACUGAAGUACUUGGUAAGUAGUAGAUAAUAGCGAUAAUGAAGGUUCGAAUUAAUAAAUGAAUAUAAUGUGAAGUAAAUAUAUCCACACCUGACAGUACAACAAAAUACUCAUGCAUCUAUAAUUACAGUUAAAGAGAUCUUUUGAAAAGCUCUAAUAUACAACGCUGAAACCUUUACCUUUAGGUACCUUUUUCACAAAUGGCCUAGGGCUGGAUUUUGGCUGGAUUUGAAUUAUAUUUAGUUCCUCAAAACGAACAUUCGGAUUGGGUUCGAACAAAUGUGAACGCAAUCAGUCUUGCUUUACGGACGCCUCAAGUGGCGUCUGUUCAAAUGGUCUAGUUUGUUUCACUGUAACACAGUAUGAUAAAAACUUAAUUAAUUUGGGUCGACAAGUCCUAUCAAAGUCCGUGCUAGUUCGCAGGUGCGAUCACACCAUGUCACUUCCCAUUAUGUAUAAGCAGGAAUAAAUAUGGAGAUGAUGAAGACUGAUGUUAUACUUAAGAUCGUGUUUGGCUAUUUUCACGUUGUUUUAGAGAACGAAAUUUUGGACUUCAUCUCCUAAUUCUGACCAAAACUCGUUCACCAACCGACCAAGGCGCAUUACCCUCCAACUUGCAUUUUAUAGAUCCGACUGUUGCGAACUUGUUACGGUGUAUCAUUACAUCAAAUUUCGAUUAGGUUUAAAUUAACAACCACUUCCAAAAUGACACGCCCUAAAUAGUACUUGUACAUUUACUUGUCAGAUCGUUCAGUGAUGUUGUGCAUAUACAACAAGAGCAAAAAAAUGUUCCUAAAUUAAGGGCAACUUGCUAUGAGUUGUGUCCCAUUUAACAAAGUAAAAUUAUUUUGUAUAGGUUGCUGGUGUUAAUUAUGGUGGUCACGUGACGGAUGACUUUGACAGACGAUUGCUCAUGACAUACAUUAAUGAUUUCUUCUGUGACGCAUGUUUGGAUACUCCAUACUUCAAGUAAGAUUAUCUUUGUUUUUAAAUAGAGAUUUAACUGUUGUUAUGUUCAGUUUAGUGUGUGGAGCAAGGAUAGUUUCAUUGCUAGUAAUAUUUAAUACUGUGACAUGUGCAUGAACAACAUGUGAACAACAAUAUACUUUUGGUGCCGCUUGGUUUAGCAUGGCAGACGCACAUGAAGGUUAUAUUCCCAUGAACAAAUAUGUUCUCUCUGAUCUUGUUCCCAAUCACAAGCCUAUCCUUAAAGUAUUGCGCACGAAAUACGAGGAAAUGACCACAUGAAAACGAGGCCAUUAGGGCAAGUGUGCAAUAAACAGUCUAUUCUGACAAAAGAGAAUAACAAGAAAUUACUAAGACCUUUUUUGUAAAUCUAGACUGUCAACAUUACCGACAUACUACAUCCCAAAAGAUGGUACACUACAAUCAUACAGGGUAAGUACAUAUAACUGCAUUUUAUGUAUAUAUAUAUAUAUAUAUAUAUAUAUAUAUAUAUAUAUAUAUAUAUAUAUAUAUAUAUAUAUAUAUAUAUAUAUAUAUAUAUAUAUAUAUAUAUAUAUAUAUAUAUAUUUGCAUGAGCUGCUGUUUUGUUUAACUUUACCACAAACAUAUACUUUGAAUAUCGCAACCAAUCUGCUGAAAACCUGCGGAAUUUUAAUAUAAAUCAUUAGCUGCCUGAAGUGGUCCAGUCUCGAAGAUUGAAAAUGUGAUCAAUGAGUUUAUUCUUGUGUUAUUAAAUAGGAAUAUAUCAGCAUGUUACCUAACAUCGAUCAUCCUGAAGCAUUUGGACAACAUCCUAAUGCUGAUAUUGCAAGUCAGAUUAUUGAAACAAAGUUUGUAUAUUGAUGCUGAUUGUUAAUUUGUAUAUUGUAAUUUGUAUAUUGUAAUUUGUAUAUUGUAAUUUGUAUAUUGAUGCUGAUUGUUAAUUUGUAUAUUGUAAUUUGUAUAUUGAUGCUGAUUGUUAAUUUGUAUAUAUUGUAUAUUGAUGCUGAUUGUUAAUUUGUAUAUUGUAUAUUCAUGUUGACUGUUAAUUUGUAUAUUGUAUAUUGUAUUAUUGAUGUUGAUUGUUAAUUUGUAGUUGUAUAUUGAUGCUGAUUGUUAAUUUGUAUAUUGUAUAUUCAUGUUGACUGUUAAUUUGUAUAUUGUAUUAUUGAUGUUGAUUGUUAAUUUGUAGUUGUAUAUUGAUGCUGAUUGUUAAUUUAUACGCCCUAUAUUUUUCUACAAACACACACUAAGUCUUAUAAUUGUUACAUUGACAACCAAUGCCUGAUUAAAAUGUCUAUUGCAACUAUUAUGACUUCAGGUAAAGUUCAUGAAUCAUGGUAAACUUCCUUUGACACCCCAACCCCAGAUGUUUCGCAACAUCCCUUCAUGCAUGUGCAGCUUUACAAUGCAAUUUAGCUACUUUUGGUUCACGUGGGUGGCUUAAAUACACAGGCGGAGCCGUUCUGUGUUGUGUUGACAAAAACCUCUUGCUAAAUCAGUUCUGUCACGUUUCAAGUCGGCAACAUUUUAUUUGUGCAUGCAUUUAUAGUUGUGUUGUUUAGUUUGCGGUUUAAUAGUAAGUAUAUCAGUAAGUUUCUUGUGUCAGUGAAUAUUGUAAGAUAAAAUUUUGUCUCUAGAAACCUCUUUGAUACACUGCUAUCUCUUCAACCACAAGUUGCUUCCGUUGGUGGUGCUGGUCAAACAAGAGAACAGAAGGUGUGACCUUUAUGUGUUUUGUCUUUUCUGUAUAAAAACUAAAAAGAUUGGGAGACAUUCGUGACCUAUACUAUAUAGUAUGGCAUUUUUUAUUGAAAUAUCGCGUGAUAUUGCCAUAUAUUUGCAUUUAAUACAAGCAUGCAGAAUCGACGAAGAUUAUAUAAACACAGAUGUAAAUGCUAGCUUGUCAGACAUUAAGAAAGUAUGAAAGUUGGUGUGAGAUGCUAUACCCAGACUUUACUACCUUUUGCAAAGAAACUAUAGAAACAUUUACACUAGGGCACUAGAACUUAAUGAGAUUCUACUUUAACCGUAUAUAGUAGCUUUAGUAUGUACAUAUAUACAUAUGUGUUAAUAUAUUGACCGGGUGUCCCCCACUGUUUGAUUUCAUGGAACAUAAAAGCUAUCGCAAUGAACUAUUAAAGAUCAUUGCAUUUAGAAAGGACUAACUUAUAGAUUUUGAUAUAUAGCACUUGAAUUUACAUGCAAUAUUGACUGCGCUAUUGAUGUUUGAACGUUGAACUACUGUUUUUGAAAAUGUUAAAAAUUAGCAUAAAACAACCUUAUAAUUACCGAUGUAGUUAUAUACUUGCUAAAUAAUAAAUAUUUUUAAUUUGUUUGUAUCUCGCUCAAUAUUGCAUGUAAAUUCAAGUGCUAUAUAUCAAAAUCUAAGAAUCUUUGAAUGCAAUGAUCCUGAUUUUAUCACGAUAUUUUAUGGCUUUUACGUUACAUGAAAUCAAACAGUGUCCAUUUUUUGGGGGGACACCCGAAGGCGAGGUGAUUACCGGUGAAUAAAACCCGAGAUGAAGUCGAGUUUUUUAUUCACGAUAAUCACCGAGCCUGAGGUAAAUAAUUGUUUUAGUAUAAUUUCAUAGGUGAAUACACAUUUUUCGUCAUUUAAUUGACAAAACGUCUUCGGCCGCCGUUUCGAAAAUCGCUUAGGUGAUUAUCGCGUUAUAAUCACCUCAACGGCAACCAAUCAGCGUGGAGAAUAAUCACCUAUGUAAUUAUACUAAUAAGUUGUAUUGUAAAAUUGAGAAGAGCCACUCUGUGGAUAUGUUCUUCACUAUUAGUUGGCGGUAGACAGUAAUGAUUAAGCACUUUAUAGUAGCAUUGCACUUCGUAUAAUAGUAUUGUGUAUCAGAUUAUACAGCCACAAGUUUUUUGUGAAGCAUUUACAGGCAAUAUUUCGACGUUCAUGAAUUAUUAACGAAUUCUACAAGAAUUUCGUACGUAUAUGUUUCUUGUUUUUUGUAGGUGUUAGAUCUUGCAGCUGAUGUAUUGAAAAGAGUGCCAGAAGAAAUUGAUUAUGAACAAACAGCAAAGAUCAUGGCUGAUGAUCCAUCUCCACUUAAUGUUGUCUUGUUGCAAGAGGUAAGAUCCAACCUCGCAAGCCAGGAUUUUUACAAGAGCCUGGGAACGAGGUUUGGUAAGAUCAUACAUGAACCUCAGAACAUCAUAUCGUUGAUUGAAAUGGUUAAGGUUUAUUUAGUUUAUUAUAACUCUCAGCGCGAAUACCUCAAGGGAACGCACGGUGUUUGUCGUAGACAUUAGGGAGCUUAAGCAUGUAGGACGGCAACACGACGACGACAGCAACCAAUACAAUGAGUCAAUGAAAAGUGAAUAAAUAAUUAAAGUCCCAGGGGAGAUUCAGACGUGGUCGUAGCUCUGUUUACAACGGCAAAUCACAGAUUUUCACGUCUUUUGUACAACGCCUGCAUUUCAAGACGUGCCAAGUGCAACUUAAAUUCCGUUCAGUAGAACUCUUCCCAAACAUAAAGCCAAUGUUUUCAACUUCUUAUACUGUAUUAAAUUCAUACGAAUUAUAAUAUACGACAGUUAUCUUUACUAUAAUUUAUUUGAAGGAAUUUGUUUUGGCCGUCGUCAUCGUGUUGCCGUCCUACAUGCUUAAGCUCGCUAAUACUGUUUAGGGACGGGUCAUUAAUUAUAGCAGGGGGUGGCGCCGAAGAGAAAAGGGUUGGGCAAACAAAAUUUUGAGUGAGUAAAACAAGGUUGAGUUAUUAAAAAAACAAAAUAACUCAAGGGUUGGGUAAUAAAAAUUUAUUGUUAUUUCAAAAGCAAUCAACUAAAAAGACUAAAAAGCAAUCAACAAUCAUAUGUCAACACAAUAUGCAAAUCAAUCAGAAUUACUGUCUUAAGCAAAUUUCCGAUUUGUCAGGAGGCAAACGGUGUAUCCAAAGAACAGUACAGUCUACUACAGCGAGUUAAGAAGAUUUACGAUGGAGAACGUUUCCAUUGUGCUUUUUGCGCUUGGACUGAGGAUUAGAGUCUCGAAGAACAACCUUAUAUGAAUUAUCUGUAUAUAUUACAUAACCACUAACAAUUGCUUGAAAGCAAUUGUUAGUGGUUAUGUAAUAUAUACAGCAUGCUUGGCCAUGGUGUAUAUGACAAACACGAACGGAUUACGAGUGAUAGUAUUUCUAAUGAACAUGCACACGAUUAACGUGUACGUAUUCUUCAAUCAUGGUGUCAAAGACACCGAAUGAAUUACAUGAAGCACAUAGUACUCAGCAUCUUCCCCCAGGAAAAAUUAAAGAAAACUUCCUUGCUUUUUGUCAUUUUUGAAUAACUUGCGGACGGAUGAAUCUCUUGAAACGUGUAUCAAUUGAACCUGGAUUAGCACCUACAUUUUCUUUCUACUAUUUUCCUUAGAUAUCUCGUUAUAACAAACUUCUUGCAACAAUCAAGUCAUCACUUAUUGAACUAGAACGUGGUAUUAAAGGUCUCGUGGUCAUGUCGUCUGAUUUGGAAGAGACAUUUAAUUGUAUUUAUGAUGUUCGUGUUCCACCUCUUUGGGGAAAGGUAUGUCCAUUGCAUGCACUUCAGCCUGGCAGCUGCGUGACGUUUCUACAGUUUCUACGAGAACAACUAUUUUAGUUUUAUAAACUGUUGUGAGUCUCGAUAUGUUACCCUUUUAAUCUAAAUGAUCAAAAAUAAACCUCAGAAGAUACAAACAAAACACACUGCUUUUAUACCAAAGCUACCACCAAAUAAUUAACCAAUCAACCGCGAACCUUUAUAUUUAGGUCCCUGUUUGAUUUUAGACGCGUGUCACUAGGCCCAGUUGAAUACUCGUGCUGCAGGGUUGCAAUGGAAGUAGAAAAUGCAAUGAGCUCGGAUGUAUGGAUAUAGACCCAUUGCACUGACGUCACAAAUCCUUAGAGUAUCCUCUAGAUGCUCCCUAACAAUAUCUGUUCGGGUACAACAACCACAUACAUGCAAAAAUUAACCAUUUUAAUACAAAAUUAUUAUAAAGUUUCACAAAAUUUGCUUUGUUUACAAAGGUUAUAUUAUGCAUAAAUUGCUAAUUUGUCCUCCAAAUGCAUCGUCACAGAUGCUGUGACGUCAUGUGCAAUGGGUCUGUUCUGGAUAUUUUGCAUCAUUUGCUGAUUUGCAUGCACUUUACAUAGUUAAAGCUCUGUAAAGCUAUUGUUAAAGGGUUUUUGCAUGGAUGGAAAUUUCGAGCGGAAGGCUAUAUACAAUUUCAGACAUCACCAGAAGCAGCUUUAUAUAUAGGCCCUCUGACAGGUUGCAUUUUUCCCAGCUGCUUCUGGUUAGGUAUGAAAUUGUAUGUAAUCUUCCGCUCAACAUUUUUACCUAUUGAAAAAGCUUAGUUUAACUGUUAUAGUUCUAUCGAGCGAGAUGCCCAAAAAUCUCUAUAUAUUUACCCAAAAAACUAUUGUUUUACUAUUCCUGUAAGGCUAUAUAAAGAUUUUAUUUUACAGGCGUAUCCCUCGAAUAAAGCUCUAGCAAACUGGACACGUGAUCUGGUCCAUCGUGUGGAUCAAUUUGCUAAGUGGGCAAGUACAGCUCAUCAACCAGUCAUAUUUUGGCUCUCGGGAUUUACAUUUCCUACUGGAUUUUUGACUGCUGUAUUACAAACAUCCGCAAGACAGAAUAACAUCUCAGUCGAUACUUUGUCAUGGGAAUUUACAGUUUCUACUGUGGAUGAUAGCAACAUAACUCAGUAUCCAAAGGUUAGAUAAAAUUAUUAUGACCAUAUUAUUGUCUAAGACUUUUCUUGGAUUUCACGGCAGUCACUCAAUCUAAACAGAAAACAUAAACUGGUGAUCAUGGCAUGGCUGUCAUGAAAUUCAGCAAAAUAUACGACCAACGCUGAACCCCAAAGUUUUAGAUUUUCAUCAUUGUUGUGUUCUAAUGUUCCUGACUCCAAUCAAAGGCCAUGUAUGUUGCACGAGGCAUUUUCCCUGCAACAUACAACGAAGUUUCGGACAAAGAGCACUGUUAAACAGAAAUGACAGAAUGGUAGGCGAAGUUGCAUGGAAAAUUUCCCCUACCUCGAUAUCUUUAUAUUAGUUUUCCUGGUUUUCGGUUUAUAGUUCUUUACGGAUAUGGUAGAUGGUAGCAAAACCUAAGGUGGGAAAUUUUCGUUUCUAUCGGUAGUGACUAACCAGAAUGUCGAAUACGAAAUUUUUAUUGGUCGUGGUUUUAUAGGUAGAGUUACGAGGCAGUAGAUGCCUAAAAUGGUGUUCAAAUUCAGAAAUGUUGACACUGAUUUGACUCUAUUUACUGGCCACCAAAUAAAAGACUACAACAUACAGUAAAAUUAACUGAUUAUUUUCUCACUAUGAUAACUAUUGAUAGUAAACAACAAUGGACUUUAUUGUUUUUUAUUGGGCAAACCCCAGUAGUCUCGUUUCCAUAUUUGCUUGUUUUAGCAUGGUAGAUGCAAAUGAAGGUUAUAGCCUCAUGUUCCGUGCACGAAUAGGUUGUUCUUUGAUCUUGAACCCAAUCACAGUUCACAAGCUAGCCUAUCCCUAUAACCUUAUUACGAAACGUGACGAAAUAACCACAUGAAAACGAGGCCAUUAGGGCAAGAGUGCAAUAAACAGUACAGUCUUUUAAAUUACAAAAGUGUAAUGAAAUUCUCUAACAGCGAAAUAGAUAGCAUGAAAAUCGUAUGGCUGUAAAAUUUCUGAAGCUGUCAUAAUAGCCAUACGAUAUAUGCAUGUGGGUUUCACCUAUAUACUGAAGUUUGGGUGUCAGUGUAGUGCAUGUACAUGUAGGUAGUAAAACACAAUGUGUUUCACCCAACCAGUUUGUUCUUAUAUAUUUUAAUUGUUACUGUAGGAUGGAGUAUGGGUUCGUGGUUUAUAUCUUGAAGGUGCAGGUUGGGAUAAGAAAAACGCUGCUCUAAUUGAGGCAGAUCCUAUGCAGUUGGUAUGUCCAAUACCAACUAUACAUUUUAAACCUGUGGAAAAUAAGAAGAAAACUGGUAAAGGUAAGGCUAGAUUUAUUACAUAGUGAAAAAAACGUUAUUAUAUGGAGCAUAGGUGCAAAGCAAUCCAAUCAAAGUUUUUAGAAACUAUUGUGGAGAGCAGACCCCAACUUUACGAAAAUUACGAGUCCUUUCCACUUAAUUUUGAGUUAAUUCUUCCAUUUUAAUGUUGUUUUUGCAACGUGCGUAAAGUAAGGCAUUAAUAUGACGCAUGAAACUUGCCAAAAAUGUUGGUCAUAUGCAUGGGAGGAAGUUUUAGUACGCUGUUUUUUACAACUAUACAUCGCUCCCACGAGUUUCAAUGAGGAGAAAUGACGUGUAUUUGUGUAAAAUGUCAUUUUCCAAAUUUAUUUAUAGGAAUAUACUCGUGCCCAUGCUACUAUUAUCCUAACCGCGCUGGUACAUCAGAUCGUGCUUCAUAUAUUGUAAGUGUUGACAUGAAAUCUGGUGCGAUGAUGGCUGAUCAUUGGGUCAAACGAGGAACAGCUUUACUUAUGAGUUUGGACUAUUGA